GCGCUGCGGCAGUAUUUCAUCGACAACGAUGAGCUGCAGCAGGAUGAAGUGGAGGAUUUCAUCUCAGACCUGAUGAACAAUGAGUUUGACACGGUGGUGGAUGAUGGCAGCUUGCCGCAGGUGGCGCAGCAGGUGUGUGAGAUGUUCCAGCAGUGUCAGCAGGACAGACUGACGGAGGUCAGAGAGCAGAUCAAGCAGCUGAUUCAGAAGAAGAGCGCGGGGAGAGCGAAGGCCACACCUGCAGCUGCUGCUGAUGAGAGUCAAGAUGAAGUAGUCAACAGUAGUCAACAUUUGAA